AUUUAUACUAGUACUUAAAUAAUUUAAUAUUUUCAUUACAUAAUUCCGCUUUGGAAUGACAGAUAUACCCUUCUGUUAGCCGCGAGUUUAAAAAUGGGAGACGUGAAAGCCAUCGUCCUCUUGAACGUUCCAAGAGUUGAAGAAAAUCACAAAAAAACUUAGCACAGAGAAGAGAGAUUGAAGAAGUCAUGGAUGUUUCAGGAAGCUUGAAUUGCGUUGUUGUGGCGGUAGAUGGAAGCGAGGUGAGUAUGGAAGCUCUGAGGUGGGCUCUAGACAACCUCAAGCUCUCAUCGUCUUCUUCCGAUUCAUCAUUCGUCGUCCUCCACGUCCAGCCGUCGCCUUCUGUCGCCGCUGGCGUGAGUCCCGGCACCAUACCUUUCGGUGGUCCCAGUGGUCUUGAGGUUCCUGCUUUCACCGCUGCAAUCGAGCAACACCAGAAGCGAAUCACCGAUACUAUCCUCGAACACGCUAAUCAGAUUUGUGCUGAAAAAUCUGUGAAUGUGAAAACAAAAGUGGUUGUUGGGGAUCCCAAGUAUAAGAUCUGCGAAGCUGUAGAAAAUUUGCAUGCUGAUCUGCUUGUCAUGGGUUCUCGGGCUUAUGGCCGCAUUAAGAGGAUGUUUCUGGGAAGUGUAAGCAACUACUGCACCAACCAUGCGCAUUGCCCUGUUGUGAUAAUUAAACCAAAAGAGGAUUCUUCGGCAUAAUCAGUAGAUAUGUACAUAUGCAAAAGGAUAUCGAAGCCAUCUUUUUAAUUUUGUGAAGUUUUGUGAAGCUAUGGAAGCAAAGCAAGAAUUCACCAGCUUACAUCCCAAAACGUUGGUGUGAAUGUAAAUUAAUAAGAGCUACAGAUAACUUGAUUGGCUCAGUAUAUGUGUUGUAUUCAUAUUCAUCGUUAUACUUUUUAUGGUUGGGGAUUGAAUAAUGUUGUUGCAUCAAAUCACUAUGAAGGACAUUUACAGAGCCAACUGGUUGUCAAUG